CACCCAGAGCUCACUUCUCAAUACAUCUAGAGCCAGAGGUGAGAGCCCUGUGAGGAGGCCAGCAGACCAAUGGCUCUAUCCUGUGCCCUUGGGCUUGGGAUGCUGCUGGUUCUGCCAGGAACCCUGGGCUCCGGGGACAGCGUGGGUUCCAGCUCUAUAACCGUUGUCCUACUGCUCCUGCUGCUUCUGCUUCUGAUCACUGGACUGGCCCUGGCCUGGCACCGCCUUAGCCGUGACUCAGGUGGCUACUACCACCCAGCCCGUUUGGGCACUGCGUUGUGGGGCCGUACCCGCCGCCUGUUCUGGGCCAGCCUUCCAGGCCACUGGCUUCAGACCCAUUUUGAGUUGGGGUCAUCAGACAAUGCAGAGGGGCAAGAGGAUGUACAGGACGCAGAAGAUGAAGAUGCUAUAGAUGGGGGCAUGGAGGAGGCUGAACCCCAGGAAGACAAGCAGCUCUGUGGAGCAGGCGCCCACCCGGAGCAGGCCCUGGGGCACACUGAGGAAGCACCUGACAUUGACGCUGAAGGGGGUUCAGGGGGCAGUGCUGAGGCCCUGUUGAGUGACCUGCAUGCCUUUUCAGGCAGUGCAGCCUGGGAUGACAGUGCUGGGGCAACAGGGGGCCAGAGCCUCCAUGUCACUGCACUGUAGGAGUCAGCCUUGGUGUUGCAGCCCUCAUGGUAUCUCACUGUACCUCUGCUUCCCAAGCUACCACUGUGGAACACAGCUGCCAGGACCUGUCGCUACCCCAACCCCCAUGUGGAACACCUCAGACUGUUACCCCUGACAGUUCCCAUACCUGUCAGCCCCACCCCCUCCAGAAGGCCACCCAUCACAUGGGCCCUGGGCAGCCAUUUGAAA